AUGGAUAUUAAUUUAUAUAUUCAUAGUAUUGAAAUAGAAUUUUUAAACAAAACAAGUUACAUGCAUAAUAAUGAAAAGGAACAGGAAGAUAAUAUAGUUUAUUCUUUAAACUUGAAAGUAGAAGAUAGUAUACAUGAAAAUAAUGAAAAUAAAAAUAUACAAUUUUUUGAAACUCCAUGGUAUAUAUGUUUUAAAGCUAAUGGUCAUGAAUUAUGUAUGAUGUCUUAUGAAAUUAAUAUUUCCCAUAUUUUUAAUUUACUAGAAAAUAAUGAAAGAUUAAUUUUAUACUUGUUAAGAAAAAAUUUAAAAAAUGAUAAAGUAGAAUACUUACAUAGAAAUGAAUUAAACAUUAAAGAUGAAAAAUUUUAUGAUAGUACUAAUUCAAUAAUUUUUGAGAGUAAUCAAGUAAAAGGAAAAAUAAAAUUGUAUUUUAAAAAUGGAGUAAUAUACAAUAAUUUACUAAAUAAAAUUAAUCUUAAUGACUUUUUAAAAAAAGAAGAACCAUUUGAUUUAUUAUUAAAAUCAGAAGAAUUUGUAAAAAAUAAACUUAAAAGUGAAGAUAUUGAUAAUAUAUCUCAAAAUAAAUCCAUAGAAAAUGAUUUUAGCGAAUUAAUAAAUUCAGGUAAAACAUUAUAUUGGAUAUACCUAGAUGAUGAUAAUAAUGAACAAGGACCAUUUAAUAGUAAGACAAUUUUUAAUUGGAUAAUAAGUGAAUAUUUUGAAGAUAAUACUUUUAUAAGAUUACAUGAUAAAAAGAAAUUUUAUAAAUUAUAUGAAGUUAUUGAAUACAUAGAAAAAAAUGUCUUAAUGAGUUCACAAAACGAUCAAUUAAAUAAUCAUUUAAGUGGUAAUUUAGAAAAUAAAUUUUAUGAUAAUAUAAACAAAAAAGAUGAAAUUCCAAUUUUCGAUAAAUUAAAAGUAGAUGCAAAAACGAACGAUUCUGAGGAUAUAAAAAAGGAAUAUGUAAAUAAAGAAAAUGAAAUUUAUUAUUAUUUAAAAAAUAUAAAUAAUAAAGAAUAUAAAGAUCAAUCUAAUACGGAACAAAUUAAUAAAAAUGAGAAUAACGAGGAAUUAAUGAGAAAAAAUACUACUUGUGAAAAUCUAACGAAUUAUGUAAAUAAAAAAAAUGAAGAAAAGGAAAAUGACAAUGGAAUUAAAAAAAAUAUAACACCGUAUGAUGAAAUAAAUAAUACAUAUAAUAGCAAAUUAAAAAUAGAAAAUGAUAUGAAUGAUAAUCGAUAUAAAGAAGAAUAUCAAAAAAUUGAUGUAAGAAAUAAUAAUAAUACAAAAAGUUACAAAAACACAAAAAAAAAAAAUGAGGUAAAACAAUUAAAAAAAGAAAUUAAGAAGAUAAAAGAAGAAAUGAUAAAAUUAAAAGAGAAAAAUUAUAAAAAAAAUCUUUUAAUUAAUGAUUUUUCUGGCAAUGAUUUAUGUUAUGCCUCCAAUAAAGGAAAGGAUGAUAAAGAAGAAAAUAUACCUUUAAAAGAAAAUAAUGAUAUUAUACAAAAUGAAUUGCAUCCUAAUACUAUAAAAGAAAAUGACACUAAUAAUAAAAAUAUUCAUGAAAAUAAUAAUAACAACGAUUACCAUAAUAAAACACCCGAUGAAUUGGAGGAAGACGAAAAAAAAAAAAGCACGAAUUAUUCUAGUAUUUAUAAUAUUGAGACGAAAAAAAAAAUUAAUUCAUCAAAUAACAUUAAUGAAGAAUUUAAAGUUGAAAAAAGCGAAGAAAAAAAAAAAUAUAUUGAAAUUGCUUUGAGUAGUAUAAAUCAAGCUCAAGAGUGUCUUUUGAAUAUAAAAAAAAAGAGAAUUGCUUCAUACUUGAAUAAAAUAAUAAACUUAUCAAAUUAUGAUAGUUCAAAAUAUUUUUGGAACGAUAGAACAGAAUUAAAUGACACUAGAAAUAUAAAUAUAAAAAGAGAUAAUGAAAAAAAUUCUUCAAUAAAAUAUAGUAAAUGUAUUAAUUAUUAUGAUUCAAGUAUGCCUUUUAUUUUUACAAAUAAUUCAAAAAAAAAAUAUACAUUAGAUGAACCAAAAAAAAAAAAAGAUAAAGAAACAUAUAAAUUUCCUAAAGAACAAUCUAUUAAGAAAUUGAUAAUAAAUGUGCCACUAAAAGGAACAGAAACAGAAAUAGAAACAGAAAUAGAUAGCUUAUCAAAAAUCAACAACAAAAAGUUAUUAAAAAAUUUUAAGUCAAAAAAUACUGAAAAUAAAGAAAAAAUGAAAAAAAAAAAAGAGGAAGUUAUUAAAUUAUGUUUUAAUAUUUUAAAUAAUAAUUCAAAGAUUAUUUAUGAUUACAAUUUAAAUUAUGAUAAAUUUUUAAAAUAUGUUACUUUAAUACAAUAUAAUGUAAGAAAAUGGCUAAAAAAAAAAGGAAUAUGUAAUAAUAUAUUUUAUUAUCAUCAUUAUUAUGAUAUACCUAACUUAAGUAAGUUAAAUAAUUUAAAUUAUAAGAAACUAAAUAACACACAUAAUAAUUAUAUUAGACGAAAAAAUGAAGAGAGAAAAAUAAAAGAAGCUUUAAAUUUAAAAAACAUUCAGAAUUUAAGAAAAAAAUUUUUAAAUUAUGAAAAUAAUAAUAUUUAUGAUACAUAUAAUUUUGCUUUAGAAAAUAAAAAAUUAAGAGAAAAUGAAAAAGGUUAUUUGGAUGAUAUAGCUAUUUUAUGGAAUAUAAAAAAAGAAAAAGACUUAUGUUUUAGUAAUUUAAGAAAUAAUAAUUAUUAUACAAAAAUAUUAAUUAAUAAAGAAAAUUAUAACCAAGAUGAAAUAUCAGAAAAACAUAGUAAAAAUAACAUAUAUGAUAUAUAUGAUAAUUUUCCAUUAAAUAAUUUCGAAUUUAUCAAAAGUAAAACAUCUUUAAAAAAAAAUGAUAUUGAAAUUAUUAAGGAGAAUUGUAAUUUAAAAAAUAAGGAAGUAUAUAUAGAUGAAUACCAUUUAAAUAAAAAUGAAGGUUAUAAUUUACAUGAAUACUUCUCUGAUAUAUUAAAUAAAUAUAAAAACUUUAAUAAUAUUAAGAGUGUAAAUGAUUAUUUUGAAAAUUUUAAUAAACAAAACCAUAUUAUGAAAAAUUCAAAUAAAUGUAGCUUUGCAAAAUUGAAAGAUAAUAAUCAAGUUACUAACAAAAAGGACAUUUUAUUAAGAAUAGUGAAUAACUUGAAAUUUGAUAAAAUAUUAAAUGAGAAAAAAAAAAACUGCAAAUUACAAAUAAAUUUAAAAAGUAAUUCUAUUUUCUCUAUGAACCCUUUUAUUGAUAAUAGUAAUAAAAUUCAUUUGAAAAAGUUUAAUGCUAAUAAUGGAAGGAAAUACAAUAAUGUAGUCGAAAGUAAUAAUUAUAAUGUAGACAGAUAUAAUAGUAGACUAUCUCAAAUUAAAUUUCAAGAUAGCAAUAAAAUUUUCUGUGAAAAUUCUAUUAAAAAAAAAUUGCUAAUUGAUAAUACUGAUAAGAAUAAUAAUGAUAUGUUCUUACUUCAUGAUUUUCAUGAUAAUUAUUAA